UCAACAUAUAAUAACAAUAUAAAAAAAUAAAAAGUAUAAACAAGCUACGGUCAAAGUGAAAUUAUAUUACAUAUGCCCAGUGAGAAUGAUCAUUAAUUAAUUAAUUAGUUCUUGUGAAAGAGGCAAUGUAGCCGCCAUGGUCACUAUCCAACCAAAGUCUAAACAAAUAAGAGAGCUGCCAACAAAAAAAAACCCAGAUUGAAAUUUAUAUUCAUCUCUAACACUAAAAUGUCAGAAUUGCAAGAAGAGAAUUCUCGUCAAAUUGCCUUUGGAUGGGCAGCUACAGAUUCUUCAGGAAUUCUUCAUCCUUUCCAUUUCACUAGAAGGGCAAAUGGACACAAUGAUAUGACAAUAAAGAUUCUAUAUUGUGGGAUUUGUCAUUCUGACUUGCAUUUAAUCAAGAACGAUUUCGGAAUUUUUUCCUACCCCAUUGUUCCUGGGCAUGAGAUUGUUGGUGUGGUAACUCAAGUGGGGAGCAAAGUGCAAAAAUUCGAAGUACAAGAAAAGGCAGGAGUGGGAGGUAUAAUCGGCUCAUGUGGCAGCUAUCAUCAGUGUCAAAAUGAGUUGGAAAACUAUUGCCCUAAAAGGAUCCACACCAGCACAAUCUUUGAUGAUGGGGGUGUUGCGCCGUUACUUGGCGCAGGGAUUACAGUGUUUAGUCCCAUGAAAUUCUAUGGACUCGAAAAACCUGGAAUGCAUGUGGGUGUGGUUGGUCUUGGUGGGUUAGGUCAUCUAGCAGUUAAAUUUGCCAAAGCAUUAGGAAUGAAGGUGACUGUGAUAAGCACUUCACCAGGCAAAAAGAAUGAAGCAAUUCAACAUCUUGAAGCCGAUUCGUUUAUCGUUAGUUAUGACAUGAAGCAAAUCUAUGAAUAUGAUCAAGAGAGAGGUAAGUGAUGAUUUUAUUAAAUGUGAGAGAAGGUAGCAGAUGAUUUCUAAUA